AUGGCUUCGGAUCAAGAAACUGAUGACUCGUCCAACUCUUCGUCCUUGCCGAAGAACACCUAUAAGGAUCCAGAUGAUGGGCGCCAGCGGUUCUUACUUGAAUUGGAAUUCGUCCAGUGCCUCUCUAAUCCCACCUACAUCCACUAUUUGGCACAGAAUCGUUAUUUUGAGGAUGAAGCUUUCAUUGGCUACCUAAAGUACCUUCAAUAUUGGCAACGGCCAGAGUACAUAAAAUAUAUAAUGUAUCCACAUUGCCUCUUCUUUCUUGAGCUUCUCCAAAAUGCAAACUUCCGCAAUGCAAUGGCGCAUCCGGGCAACAAGGAAUUGGCGCACAGGCAGCAGUUUUAUUUUUGGAAGAACUAUAGGAACAAUCGGUUGAAGCAUAUUUUACCCAGGCCCCUCCCAGAACCUGUCGCCGCACCCCCAGCUUCUGCCCCACCUCCACAGCCUGGGCUCUCUACAUCCGUUACUGUUCCUGCUACUUCUGCUUCUAUUCCUGUUCCUGCUGCUGCUCCAGCCCUCUCUCCAAUGCAGUUUGCCAUGGCCCCUGGAUCUGCUCUUGCAAAAAAUGACCCAAGGAGCAGUGGCGCUGAUCGAAGAAAGAGAAAAAAAGAUGCAUGA